AGAGAGAAAAUACAAGAGAGAGAGACAUAAGGUAGGCAAGGGGUGUGGGUGUGUGUGAGAGAGAGAUUUGCUUUUAUUCCUUUACAGGUGCAUCAAGAUGGUUAAAAACAAUGCUUUGGUUUAAGAUGCCUAACAUCAGACAGCUGCCCCAGAGGGAGAGGAAGACGAGGAAGUGGACCCCGGAGGCCAUGGGACAGGCCAUCCAGGAGGUGAAAGCAGGCAGGCUGAGUCUGGGGCAGGCAGCCAAACAGUUUGGGGUCCCAAAAACGAGCCUGAGUGACCGAGUCAGUGGAAGGGUGGCCUCUGACUGUGCAUGGUCAGAGGGCCAUCCAGAAGAGAGAAGGGGGAAGUUGGGCCAGACGUGGUGGCUCAACUUCCGCAGGAGGCAAGGCCAGUGCUUCACUUCUCGGACCCCAGACAAUAUUGGCCGUGGGAGGGCAUCCUGUGCAAAGAGGGGGCCGAUUGAACACUACUUCACUCUCCUCAGAACCAUGGAGGAGCACGGGUUGAGGGAGAAACCCCGUCAAAUCUAUAACUGCGAUGAGACGGGGUUUCAGCUGGACUCGUCGAGAAGAAAGGCCUAUGCUUAUAGGCAGGCCCAGGGGACCAGGGACCACAUCACCGUCCUGGCCUGCCUCAACGCGGCUGGGGAGGAUAUCCCCCCUUUCAUAAUUUACAAAGGGGGAUAUCCCCGGGGGCCCUAUUACAAGGAGGGGGUCCCCGACGCCCUCUAUGGGCACAAAUCCCACCUGGAUCCAGAGCUGGUCCGGGUGGCAAAGAGGGAGGAGGUCAUUCUCCUGUGCCUUCCACCACACACGUCUCACAUCCUGCAGCCUCUGGAUAUGACUUUCUUUGGACCCUUGAAGGCAGAUUUCUCUGGAAUUAUAGGAGAUCUGUCGGCUUAUUUAAAACAUAUUCUUAAAUAUAUUUUUUCUAGGAGUAGGUCACACCACCACCAUGGAAGAUCUGUGUGACCAGUGCAGGGAACCUGACCCUCCGGGUGUCUGCUCGGAGGGAUUGGUGCCGUGGGUCCAGUGCAACAAAUGUGCCAAAUGGUUUCACACCAUUUGUGUCGGCUGGGCGGAGCUGGACAAGGACGAAUUUUGGUGUUUUUGGUGUCUUAAU